AUGCUUGCCUACGCUUAUCCAUCCUUCUCUGUCUUUGAUAGAUGCAUUGGCACUGGCCCGGCACGGACUGGCGGUUCUACGGAUACAGAAUGGCUUACGCCGCGCUCGCCCUCGCCCUCCAUCCUGGCGCAAACCCAGGGUCCAUUGCGCUCUGGUUUGGGACAUAACAUCUCCUCGUGUGAUAUCAGAAACAAAACCGUCGCUCUAGAGCCGGCUACACAUCGCCAAUCUCGACAAAAUAGCUCAUCGAGCAGCAACGCCUCGCUCAAGAUGUCCGGAUUUGCGCCCAACUAUGCCUGGAUUGGCGCUCCGGCGCCGUACAAUGGAACGGGGUACGAUGGAGGAGAUUCUGCCGUUGAAAACCUAAACCAGUGGUUUGCUGCUGGGGACCAGGCCUAUAUUCUCGUCUGUUCGGCUAUGGUCUUGGUGAUGGUACCGGGUCUGGGCUUCCUCUAUUCCGGACUCGCGCGAAGAAAGUCUGCUCUGUCCAUGAUCUGGGCCUGCAUGGCUUCGUUUUCCGUCAUUACCUUCCAAUGGUACUUCUGGGGAUAUUCUCUGGCCUUCAGCUCGUCUGCAACAAAUGGAUACAUCGGUAACUUGGGCCAUUUUGGCUUGAUGCAUACCCUUGGGACGCCCUCGCCCGGAUCGCCACUUAUUCCCGAGCUUCUCUACUCGUUCUAUCAGCUUCAAUUCUGCGGAGUGACAGCCGCAAUUGUCAUGGGUGCCGUUGCCGAACGCGGUCGUCUCGUCCCGGCCAUGGUCUUCAUCUUCGUAUGGGCUACCCUCGUAUACUGCCCAGUGGCUUGCUGGGUCUGGAACAUCAACGGAUGGGCAUAUUCAUAUGGUGUUCUCGACUAUGCGGGAGGUGGACCUGUCGAGAUUGUUUCGGGUAUGUCCGCUCUGGCGUAUUCGAUGGUGCUGGGCAAACGCCAAGAGAAGAUGAUGUUGAACUUCCGCCCUCAUAACAUCUCUUUGAUCACCCUCGGCACCAUUCUGCUGUGGUUCGGAUGGCUCGGCUUCAACGGUGGUUCUGCCUUUGGUGCAAACCUCCGUGCAGUGAUGGCUUGCUGGAACUCCUGCUUGACCGCUAUGUUUGGCUCUAUUGCCUGGUGUCUUCUCGAUUACCGCUUGGCGAGGAAGUGGUCCAUGGUCGGUUGGUGUUCCGGAUGCAUCUCGGGCCUCGUUGCUGCUACCCCGGCAAGUGGAUUUAUCCCUCCUUGGGCGUCUGUCAUUCUUGGUGUCACCGCUGGUGUCAUUUGCAAUUUUGCAACCAAGAUCAAGUUCUGGAUCCAGAUCGAUGACAGUCUCGAUGUGUUCGCCGAGCACGGCGUCGCGGGCAUGGUCGGACUUGUUUUCAACGCUUUCUUCGGCGCUGACUACAUCAUCGGUCUCGAUGGUGUCAAUACCGGGAUCAUUAACGGAGGCUGGCCCAACCACAACUACAAGCAAAUGUACAUCCAGGUUGCCUACAUCGUAGCCGUCACGGCCUACUCGUUCGUCGUCUCGGCGAUUCUGGCCUUCGGCAUCAAUGCCAUCCCGGGUCUGCACCUGCGUGCCUCGGAAGAGGCCGAGCUGCUGGGUAUGGAUGACGACCAGCUUGGCGAGUUCGCUUACGACUACGUCGAGGUCCGUAGAGAUUACCUCGCCUGGACGCCCGCGACCGACGAGCCGGAGCAGACCGAGAGCCGCGUCAACCCCCAGGAUCGCCACGGCAUUCCUCAGCACAGCGAGAUGAUCACCGGCCACUCGCCUGACGAUAGAUCGAGCGGACAUGAGCACACUGGCAUCCAGGGCGACAGGCACGGUGUCGCUGCCGAGAACCACCUGAAGGAGAAGAAGGAGCAAGGGGCCUCCGUUACUGGGAACAGGCCGCACUGA